GACUCGGUGCGGGCUUUGGGCCGGGAGGGGGUCGCUCUGCUCCGCUCCGCCUCAGUUUCUCUCUCCACCCGCGUAGGGAGCAGCAGCAGCCGGUGAAGCAGCGUCAUGUCCUCGCCGGCUUCCACACCGAGCCGCCGCGGCAGCAAGCGCGGGCGGAGCAGCAACCCCCCGACUCCACGCACUGAAGAUGCUCGGUCUCCUCCUUCACAAAAACGUCGAACAGAUGACUCCACAUCUACAGGAGAUCUACAGCCAAUGCCAACUUCUCCAGCAGUUGACAUGCAAAGCCCAAAUGCUCAAGAUGUUCUGUUUUCCAGCCCACCACAGUUUCGGGAAUCAGCAAUUCCACUUGAUUUUGAUAUUAGUUCACCUCUGACCUAUGGCACCCCCAGCUCUAGAGUGGAGGGUACUCCAAGGAGUGGUGUGCGAGGAACUCCAGUUAGGCAGAGGCCAGAUCUUGGAUCUGCCCGCAAAGCCAGACAGGUGGACUUGCAUUCUGAUGGGGUAGGUAGAAAGGAUGCAUUGGCAAGUGAACAAUCUCUUGGACAAAAGCUUGUGAUCUGGGGAACAGAUGUUAACGUAGCUUCAUGCAAAGAAAAGUUCCAGAGAUUUCUUCAGCGUUUUAUUGAUCCAUUGGCUAAAGAGGAAGAGAACGUUGGCUUGGAUCUUAAUGAACCACUCUAUAUGCAGCGACUUGAGGAGAUCAAUAUGGUUGGGGAACCAUUUCUGAAUGUAAACUGUGACCAUCUAAGAUCAUUUGACACAAAUCUAUACAGACAGCUGAUCUGCUAUCCACAGGAAGUUAUCCCAACAUUUGACAUGGCUGCUAAUGAGAUCUUUUUUGAUCGUUACCCUGACUCAAUAUUAGAACACCAGAUUCAAGUCAGACCAUAUAAUGCAUUGAAGACCAGGAAUAUGAGGAGUCUGAACCCUGAAGACAUUGACCAACUUAUCACCAUCAGUGGUAUGGUGAUCAGAAGCUCCCAGUUGAUUCCUGAGAUGCAAGAAGCAUUCUUCAAGUGCCAGGUUUGUGCCUUCACCACAAGAGUAGAAAUUGACCGUGGCAGGAUUGCUGAACCAUCAACAUGCAAGAACUGUAAUACAACACACAGCAUGGCACUGAUUCACAAUCGCUCCAUGUUUUCAGACAAACAGAUGAUCAAACUGCAGGAGUCUCCUGAAGAUAUGCCGGCUGGCCAGACGCCUCAUACUGUGGUGCUGUUUGCUCACAAUGACCUUGUGGAUAAGGUUCAGCCAGGCGACAGAGUUAACGUUACAGGUAUCUACAGAGCAGUUCCUAUUCGAGUUAAUCCAAGAGUGAGCAAUGUAAAAUCAGUCUAUAAAACCCACAUUGAUGUCAUUCAUUACCGUAAAACCGAUUCAAAACGUUUGCAUGGUGUUGAUGAAGAAACAGAACAGAAAAUCUUUGCAGAGGAACGUGUGGAAAUGCUGAAAGACCUCUCCAGAAAACCAGACAUUUAUGAAAGACUUUCUUUGGCUCUGGCUCCAAGCAUUUAUGAACACGAAGAUAUCAAAAAGGGCAUUCUGCUUCAGCUGUUUGGGGGAUCAAGAAAAGAUUUCAGUCAUACCGGAAGAGGCAAUUUUCGUGCUGAGAUCAACAUUCUUCUGUGUGGUGAUCCUGGCACUAGUAAAUCACAGCUGCUUCAAUAUGUCUAUAACCUGGUUCCUAGAGGCCAGUACACAUCCGGGAAGGGCUCUAGUGCAGUUGGUCUCACUGCAUAUGUAAUGAAGGACCCAGAGACAAGGCAGCUGGUUCUGCAGACAGGUGCUCUGGUUCUCAGUGAUAAUGGCAUUUGCUGUAUUGAUGAAUUUGAUAAAAUGAAUGAAAGUACAAGAUCAGUACUGCAUGAAGUAAUGGAACAACAGACUCUUUCUAUUGCCAAGGCUGGAAUUAUUUGCCAACUGAAUGCUCGCACUUCUGUCCUAGCAGCUGCUAACCCUAUAGAGUCGCAGUGGAAUCCAAAGAAAACUACUAUUGAAAACAUCCAACUUCCUCAUACGUUGUUAUCCAGAUUUGAUCUGAUCUUUCUAAUGUUGGACCCUCGUGAUGAAGCCUACGACAGACGUCUUGCUCACCACUUGGUUGCGCUGUACUACCAAAGUGAAGAGCAGGUGGAAGAAGAGUACAUGGACAUGGCAGUAUUGAGGGAUUACCUUGCGUAUGCUCGUAGCUAUGUUAAUCCUAGACUAAGUGAAGAAGCAAGUCAGGCCCUUAUUGAGGCUUAUGUGGACAUGAGAAAGAUUGGCAGUGGUAGAGGAAUGGUUUCUGCAUAUCCCCGCCAGCUUGAGUCUUUGAUCCGUCUGGCAGAAGCUCAUGCUAAAGUACGUUUUUCCGACAAGGUUGAAACAAUUGAUGUUGAAGAAGCAAAACGCCUCCACCGGGAAGCUCUGAAACAGUCUGCUACUGAUCCAAGAACUGGCAUUGUGGACAUAUCCAUUCUCACUACAGGGAUAAGUGCCACUGCCCGUAAACGUAAGGAGGAGCUGGCUCAAGCCUUGAAGAAGCUUAUCCAGUCAAAGGGUAAAACACCAGCUCUAAAAUACCAACAGCUUUUUGAUGAUCUCCGUGCACAGUCUGACGCUGCUGUCACUAAAGAAAUGUUCGAAGAAGCACUUCGUGCCUUGGCUGAUGAUGACUUCUUGACUGUGACUGGAAAGACUGUUAGAUUGCUAUAAUGAAAUGCUAGCUUAACAGCAGAGUUUCUGUUUUUUCCAAGUACUUCCCUUGAGACCUGUGUCACAUUUAAGAAUAUUAUUCACUGGCAAAACUCAGGUGGUGAUCUGUUGGUGAACCACUGUUAGCACAGUAAAUAACUAGAUUCUGAAAGACUGCAAAAAAGCCGAAAUUAAACACCGCAAUAUUUGUUUGAACAAAAUGGGUUAUUAACAUUUUAGUGCCAUGUGUAUUUUCAAUAAAGUGCUUGGUAGAACAAGCUAACAAUUUUUAUGCAUUUUAAAGCCCAAAUGUCAAAAUUCUUCUAGAACCACUGCUUUUUGACAUCAAUGCAACUUAAAUCAGUGCAUAUUAUGCUUUAAUAUUUUUACUACAGAGAAAUUAGUGCUU